AAAGAGAACAAAACAAAACAGUAUUAGAGAGAAGAGAAUGACAAACAGGGAAAAGCAGAGCACUCUUUACCUCUUCUCUCUUUCUUCUACUCUGUGAUCAAAAAAAUAUCUUGAAACCCUAGAUUUCUCCGCCUCUCUCUCUCUCCUUGUGUUCUGAUGAUAAGAAGAAAAAGACGACUUUGAGAAUCUAAAAGCUUUGAUUUUUUUUCUUUCCAUUGAGGGGGAUUGAAUCGAGUUAUGUACAAGGAUCGGAGCGGAGGAGGAGGAAUAAUGGGUGGUGGUGGAUCAUCGAGAUCGGAGAUCCUUGGUGGAGGUAUUGAUCGGAAACGAAUCAAUGAUGCUUUAGACAAACAUCUUAAGAAAACUUCACCUUCUACAUCUAGGGCUUUCUCUUCUAAGGAUAAAGAUUCUUUCCCUUCUACUUCCACUGCUAAACCUCAGCUUGAUUCUCGCUCCCCCGAUGUUGAAUCUGAUACAGAUAGUGAAGGAUCAGAUGUGAGUGGUUCAGAAGGUGAUGAUACAUCGUGGAUCUCGUGGUUUUGUAAUUUGAGAGGGAAUGAGUUUUUCUGUGAAGUAGAUGAAGAUUAUAUACAAGAUGAUUUUAAUCUCUGUGGGUUGAGUGGUCAAGUUCCUUACUAUGAUUAUGCUCUUGAUCUUAUUUUGGACGUUGAAUCAUCAAACGGUGAUAUGUUUACUGAAGAACAGAACGAGAUGGUGGAAUCAGCUGCUGAGAUGUUGUAUGGUCUUAUUCAUGUUCGUUAUAUUCUCACUACUAAAGGAAUGGCUGCUAUGAUGGAGAAGUAUAAGAACUAUGAUUUCGGGAGAUGCCCGAGAGUUUUCUGCUGUGGACAAUCUUGUCUUCCGGUUGGGCAAUCUGAUAUCCCGAGGUCUAGCACAGUGAAGAUAUACUGCCCAAAAUGCGAGGAUAUUUACUACCCGCGUUCUAAAUACCAAGGCAACAUUGAUGGAGCUUACUUUGGAACUACUUUCCCUCAUUUGUUUCUCAUGGCCUAUGGGAACAUGAAACCGCAGAAGCCGACUCAAAACUACGUUCCUAAGAUCUUUGGCUUUAAGGUACACAACAAGCAAUGAUACUCUCACCAGUCCUGUGGUUGAAUACAGUUCUGAUGGUCACGGGUUUGAACUGGAUGAUACUAAACUGUGGUUGGGGGAUGAGAAGAGCUAAUGAGAAAAAGGUCGGCACUUUUAAGUCUUUCACUAUGUAAUCUUGGAAGUUCAAAGUAGAAUCUUCUCUAUAGAACCGUUCUUUGGUGGAUACAUGGGUCUUGGGAAAUUCUUUAGCUGUGAGUAAUCAAUUAAAAUCAUUUACCAGAUGGGUGGAUUUUGCGUAACUGUUGAUUAUAAUUGCUGGGAAUUUUAUGUGUAUUCUUAUCUUAAAGUUUCUUGUGUUAUACGGAACUAAUCACUGGAGAAUCGUGUUUUGUACUUUUUAUACGUCGACAAGUCAUGCGUUAUAUGCGUAGUUUUGUUACAUGGU